AUGCGGCAUGUGCAAAUUGAAGUGAGCGCCAGGCUGCUGCGCCGCUGGUUCACCGUUGGUGGCGUGGCUGGCACUGCGAUGCCGCGGGGGAUGAAGGCCUUUCCUAUGCGGGACAGUGCCGCGACAGUAGAGGCAAUCGCUGAGGCGUACGUAAAUAUGGACCUGGCGACGAUGCGGAAGUUUCACGAGUUUGUUCUGAAGGGCACUGCAAGGCCGCCUGCCGCGGCCCCACUCGCCUACGAGGAGGCGUUACUGCAAGGCAUGGGGGCGGUAUCCGGCGGCAGCGUCGGUACAGUUGGUGCGGCUCCAGCCCCACCCAACAGCCCCACGCAGGGCGAGGCAGCAGCAUCGGCGCAAGGGGCACCAGCAAGAAAGGCCGUGGAUAAAAAUGUAUUUGACUUCACCGUCAGGAAGUACCCCGCGGCCAACAAGGUGAAGCUCAUCAAGGAGCUGCGCGCCGUCUCUGCGCUCCCGCUGCAGGAGGCAAAAGCUGCCGUUGAGCGAUGUCCAGGCGUCCUUGUGAAGGCGAUGGCACGAGCCGACGCGGAGAAGCUCAAGACACUGUUUGAGGGCCAUGGCGCCGAGGUGGAGUUACUGUGA